AUGGCUGUAUUCCAGACAUACUUAAGAAAGGACUACUUACUCCUGUCUUCAAAAACAAGGGGGACCGAUGUCAUGCUGCCAACUACAGAGGCUAAAGAAAGAAAAAUGAGUGACUCUGAAAAUGAAGAGGAAUGGGUGGUUAAGAGGCACAAAAAAGAAAAGAAGGAAUUACAGGCUAAAAUACAACAGUUAAAACAUAGUGUGUCAAAAGGAGAUAAAAAGAAGAAGAAAGAAAUUACAGAACAGAUAGCAAAGUUAGAGGGUGAACUGAAUGACAAACAUGCAACAGAGCUAAAAGAAUUAAAAGACAAAUCAACACAGGAGGCUAAAGAAAGAAAAAUGAGUGACUCUGAAAAUGAAGAGGAAUGGGUGGUUAAGAGGCACAAAAAAGAAAAGAAGGAAUUACAGGCUAAAAUACAACAGUUAAAACAUAGUGUGUCAAAAGGAGAUAAAAAGAAGAAGAAAGAAAUUACAGAACAGAUAGCAAAGUUAGAGGGUGAACUGAAUGACAAACAUGCAACAGAGCUAAAAGAAUUAAAAGACAAAUCAACACAGGAGGUGACAAAUUAA